AUGACCACCGACAAACAGUUGCUACUCAGUGCAAUCCUAUCCAACAUCAAAGUGACAGGCGAACUAUUUGACAAAACCAGGAUACGAUCCUUCUACUGGUUUAAAAUCUAUGUCGACAACUGCAAAGUAUUUAAAUCAAAUAAACGCAAGCCUAUUUCUCAAAUGCUUUCCUGGGAAUACGGCUCGGAGACCAAAAUAAACUUUUCCGCGUCAUCAGUAAUUAGAGUUAAACUCCACCGGGGAUUUGGUUGGCGAAUAGACAAGGUGCCGCUGACCAAGAUACAAGUCACACACUUUGAGGGACGAAUUGAGCAAUUGCUUGACAAUGAUUCCCAGUCGAUCGCGUUGAAAAAUAAAAAAGGAGGGACAAUUGCACAGAUGAACAUAACUCUUUCUCUGCUCCCGGCAGGCGAUGAAUUCAUCUCGGAUUUCAUGAAGAAAGUAGAAUGCGAUGUGGCCAAUCUGAAAGGCACUGAAGGCUUCAGCACCCGUGUGAUGUCGGUUCUUGGACCUAUCCUGCAGAAUACGAGGACUUUGAUGGACAUUGUGGCUGAUGCAAAUCCAAUACUGAAGAUAUCAUGGACCGUCAUUUCAAGGGUCUACGAUGCGACACAGGACACGGAAAUCAAGGACCAAUCAAUCCGAGAGCUGGCUGAAACUUUGCGCGAAAUGCUCGCUACUGCGAAUGAGAAACUGGAUUUGCCGAGAAUACCAGACGCGGUCGACAUCAUCAAAGAAAUUGGCCUGCAAAGCAUACAGGUUGCAUCACUCGUCCACGAGUAUACUCGAUCGUCCUUCGCCGUAAGGACAUUGAAAUUAGGUGCUGGGAGUAUGAGCGAGCGCAUUGAGGCAUGCCAAAGCAGGUGUUUAGCUCUCAAGGAUAGGUUCUACGAACGCGUGCAGCUUGAGACGAACAAAACUGUAAAAGAAAGUCAGGAUGCUAUAAAAAACAUCAAGACCGAGGUCCGCAAGCUGAAGGACGAUGCCAUAGCGGAAAAAUUUUUCAAAUGGCUGUGGCCAUCCGACCGCCCAAUCGACAUCUCCAAAAACUAUAACGAAGCUCAUGGGAAACGCCACCAACAGACAUGUUCCUGGUUUCUCGAGGACGAGAGAUUCGGACGAUGGUUACAUAAGCCUGGUUUCAUCUGGGUACACGGAAAGGCGGGAAGUGGGAAGACGAUCUUGAUGUCCUCGAUCAUCGAUAAACUGCCAAAGCCCAACUCGUCGACUGGUGUUGCCCAUUUCUUCUUUGACGCCCGUGACGGCCAGACAGAUUCCCAGCUCCAUAUGAAAUUUAUACGAUCACUGGCCUACCAACUAUGCGACUCCCGCCAUGGAGGGAUUCCACAACAAAUGGUUGACCUUUAUACAGAUUGCGGUUCUUUGCAGCCAUUGGAUGAUCAACUCGAGGAUGCAUUGCAACAGAUUCUGGUAGGAUUCGAGCGUGUUUUUAUUGUCCUUGACGCUCUGGAUGAAUGCUCAGAUCGGGAACGAACUCUCGAUUGGGUCCGGAAACUCCUCGCUCAUGCACAAACGCAAACUAAUAUUCAUCUGCUGAUUACAAGUCGACGUGAGGUAGACAUCACCGACGUUUUUCACAAUCUCGCUGGUGACCAUGUUGACGUCGUAAAUCCUGCAAACAAAGAUAUUGAGGGGUAUAUCAGCGAGAGAAUCAAAUCGUCCAAACUUCAGCGAUUCAAUGAAACAAUUCGGGGUGACGUAGAGAGACGAUUACGGGAUCGUGCUGAUGGAUCGUUUCGAUACACUGCGCUGAUGGUGGCCGAAUUGGAACAGUGUUCAAGCUUGGCCAAGUUGGAGAAGGCGUUGACCGAGUUGCCAGAUGGUUUGAACGAGAUAUAUGCACGGAUUCUGUUUAAAUGCAAAUCUGAAGACGCUUUGGAUCUUCGGAAAUUUCUACAGUUCCUUGCAUUCUCGAUGGAAGCCAUACGACUUGAUGAACUGGCGGAGAUUAUUACAAUCGAAUUCUCCUCGGAUGAUCAGACUGUUUUUAAUCCAAACAAGCGGUAUGCCGACCUCUCUGACAUCCUGGUGCUAUGUGGGGGACUCGUUGUAGUGGCAAAAGAUUCUUGGUAUUCGCUCAAAGAAUAUCUCAUCUCUUGCCGAGUUCAAGACACAUUUCGUUUGGUCGAGACCGCCGCUCACAUUGAUAUAUCGAAAACGUUACUCUCCUAUCUUUUGGAGAUGUACUCCAUUAGCAACGACCCGUUCUCCCCUGCGUUCCCGCUAAGAAAUUAUGCGGCACUGACGUGGGUCCGACAUGUCCAGUAUGAUUCAGAAGGGGUAGAAAGGGACGCCGUCAUCUGCAAGCUCGUCGCGCGUCUCUUAAGUAUUGGGAUUCCAGGGUUAGUUAGCGAAACCAUACUCGAACUCACCUCGGAAGAAUCGCCACGUUGGAAUCCCAACACAGUGGUUGCCAGGGCAUUGCAUUGGGCAUCGAUACUAGGAAUUCCGGCAGUCAUUGAAAACCUAUUGGGAGAAGUAGGUAACAAAAACACAGGCAUAUAUCCCGACGGAGAAAGGCAGCAGGCAGCAUCAGCCACUAAGCAUCAUGUCGCUAAGGAUCAUUCAAUAAAAGGCAGCACAGGCUGGGAUGUCAAUGCUGUGGGUGGCAUGUACGGCACUGCACUCCAGGCGGCAUCUGUUUCAGGUAAUAAAUCGGUUGUUGCAGCACUCCUUAAGCACGGCGCGGAUAUCAAUGCUGUCGGUGGCAAGUUCGGCACUGCGCUCCAGGCGGCAUCGUAUGCGGGCCAUCAAUCAGUCGUUAGAGAGCUUCUCGAGUACGGAGCGGAUGUAAAUGUUGUUGGUGGCGAGUACGGCUCUGCGCUCCAUGCGGCAUCAUCUGCGGGUCAUAAUUCGGUGGUUAAAGCUCUCCUACAGUCCGGAGCCGAUGUCCAUGCUAUAGACGGCAAGUUGGGCAUUGUGCCCGAGGCAGCAGCAACUGGGGGACUUAUAUCAUCGGUUGAAGCGUUGCUCACGUACGGCGCACAUUUCAAUGGUGUGUGUGGCGGGUUUGGUACUGCCCUCCAGGUAGCAUCAUCAGCAGGAAAAGAAUUGGUGGUUGAAACACUCCUGCUGCACGGCGCCGAUGUUAAUGCUGUGGGUGGCAAGUUCGGCACUGCACUCCAAGCGGCAGCAUACGGGGGCCAUCAAUCAUUGGUUGAAGCGCUGGUCAAGCACGGCGCAGAUGUAAAUGUUGUGAGCGGCUACUAUGGCACUGCGCUCCAGGCAGCAUCUUUUCGUGGUUAUAAUUCGAUGAUUGAGACACUCCUCAAGCACGGAGCAUAUGUGAAUGCUGCUAUAGGUGGUGUCUAUGGCACCGCACUCCAGGCGGCAGCAUGUACAGGCCAUGGAUCAGUGAUUGAGGCACUCCUCAAGCAUGGAGCAGAUGUCAAUGCUGUGGGCGGCAAAUAUGGAACCGCGCUUCAGGCGGCGUCGUAUAUACCAACGUAUAUUGGUAGCGGUAGCUUGCACACCAUGGGAGACUUAUAUGGGGCCAAUCAAUCAUUGGUCAAGAAAUUACUCAAGUAUGGAGCGGAUAACAAUGCUGUGGGGGAAAAUUAUGUCUCUGCGCGCCAGGCAUUUUUACAAUCGCUAGAUGAAGCACGCACGCAGCGCAGCACAGAAAUCUGGGGUGUGGGUGGCAAUUCCGGCACUUCGAUCCAGAUAGCAUCAUCUGUUGGAAAAGAUACAGUGGUUGAAUUACUCCUGCAGCACGGAGCGGAUGUCAAUACUAUGGGCGGCAAGUUCGCCACUGCACUCCAGGCGGCAUCUGUUUCUGGAUGUACCUCGGUGAUUAAAACACUCCUGCAGCACGGAGCAGAUGUCAAUGCUGUGGGAGGAAUGUACGGAACUGCGCUUCAGGCGGCAUCAUACAGACCAAAGUAUCAUAAUAUGCGGUCCUCGGACCUCAUGGAAGACCCAUGUAGGGACAAUCAAUCAUCUAGCAAAACACUUCUGCAGCAUGGCACGGAUGUCAACCUUGUGCAUGGUGAUUUUGGCAAGGCUGCACUCCAGGCAAUGUCAAUUGGGGGCUCUUACCCUGUGGUUGAAGCACUACUGAAGCACGGCUCGGAUGUGAAUAUUGUGGGUGGUGCGUUCAACACAGCGCUACAGGCGGCAGCAUAUGGGGGUCAUCAAUCAUUGGUUGGAGCACUACUCAAGCUCGGAGCAGAUAUCAACGCUGUGGGCGGCUUAUUUAACACUGCACUCCAUGCUGCAUCGUCUGAGGGUCAUAAUUCAGUGGUUGAAGCCUUGCUGCAACACGGUGCAGAUGUCAAUAUUGUAUGUGACAAGUUCGGCACUGCACUCCAUGCCGCAUCGUCUGAGGGUCAUAAUCUGGUUGUUGAAGUACUCCUGCAAUACGGCGCAGAUGUCAAUGUUGUAUGUGGCAAGCUCGGCACUCCGCUCCAGGUAGCGUCUCGUUGGGGUCGCCACUCGGUUGUCGAAGCACUGCUGCAGCAUGGUGCGGAAGUCAAUGUUGUCUGUGGCGAGUUUGGCACUGCACUCCAUGCUGCAUCGUCUAAAGGUCAUAAUUCAGUGGUUGAAGCCCUGCUGCAGCACGGUGCGAAUGUCAAUGCUAUCUAUGGCGAGCUCGGCACUGCACUUCAUGUGGCAUCAUUUGUGGGUCAUAAUUCGGUGGUUGAAGUACUCCUGCAAUACGGCGCGGAUUUCAAUGUCAUUGGCAAAUAUGGCACCGCACUCCAGAUGGCGUCUGUCGGAAAUUUCAGAACCGCCUUUUAA